AUCGAGAUCAUUUUCUUUGUCAUUCAUGGGAUUGGGGAGAAGCUCCGAUGUGCGACUGCGACUGCGACUGCGACUGCGACUGCGACUGCAAUGGUUUCUUAGGACAGUGUUGGGAGGGGAGUUGGGAACAGAUCUAAACUGUUCUAAAUUAAUAACAGGAAUACACAAAAGAAACCGUAAAUAGGGUACGAAAAAAGAAAAAAGAAAAAAGAAAUCUAUCGUAUCAUAUCGUCCUUCGUUCGCGUCGUUCUUCUGUACCCUAAUUCUGCGAAUUCGUUGUUGCUCCAAACCCUAGUCUCGUUAUCAUCGUCUCCAUCUCUCAUGAAAUUCUCUGCAAUUAGGGUUUUUCUGCCAGAGCUAGCCCUGAUUUCAUGAUCCUUUCCAUUCCCAAACCCUAGAAUUUUCCGGCCAUGGAGGGCUCUGUGGAGGAUCUCGGGGCCCCUGAUUCAUGGGAAAUGGUGGAUUUGGACGAAAGCAUGAGCAGGUUAAUGGUCUCCUGCAAGAAGAAUUUGACGACGGCAUCACCGCCGGAGUUCGCCGAUGAUUCUGCUGCAGCUCCUCGUCCUGCUUCUACUGCUUCUUCUGCUGUCUCGUCGUCUUCUGCUUCUGCUUCGUCUUCGUCCGUUGGUUCUGAGAAGAUUCGAGGGGUUUCCGAGGAUCCAAUAAAUCAGGUUGAUCAGUUUCUUAGAGAAGCUCUGCAGAACCCUCGCGAGCGGCUAUCGAUUCUGCGGAUGGAACAAGAUGUUGAGAAGUUCAUCUGUGACCCAACACGACAGCAACUGGAAUUUCAACAGCUGCCUACUUCCUAUUUGCGCUUGGCGGCACAUCGUGUUGCGCAGCAUUAUUGUCUACAAUCAAUGGUCAUAUUAGACAACAAUUUACCUGAUGGGUCUGGUUCCAGAAUUGUUGUUCGCAAGACUUCUGAGUGCCGGCUCCCUCUAAUUCGUCUAGCAGAUAUUCCUGUAAACCUUCCACAGGAUGACAGUAAUAGUGUUGUUAAGGUUGCAAUUAAACAGAGACCGCAGAAAAGGUCUCAAACUCUCAACAAUGUAAAUCCACAUACCUCUAAGGCAAAUCAUUCAAAAAGUGUGGAGGAAAGAAAAGAGGAAUAUAACAGGGCCCGUGCACGGAUAUUUAGCUCUAGUAAUAGCGGUAGUAGUGUUGGUGCCAUUGGAAAACCAGAAAGUGAACUCACAGUGCAAGAUACUCUCCACCACUGCACUUUUAGGUCUUCAAGGGUGGAGGACAAAUCUGUUGAAGGCUCUGAAGUGAAUCUUGGAAGGAAUUCUGUUGAUUCUACUACAAGUAGCAAUAGAUCAGGUAGAAGUAGGACAGAGAAGGAGCCUGUUGGUAGGCACAAGACAAACAAUAGGGUUGCUAUUUUUCGUGAUCGUGAGGUUGAUCGUAAGGAUCCUGACUAUGACAGAAGCUACGAAAGGUAUUUGCAAAGAUUUGAUCCUGGGUUUGGAUUCAAUGGAGGACCAUAUGCCAUGCAACCUAUGUACUCUCCUGCUUUGAACUACAAUACUGAAUUCCCACAGCUUGGAUCAGCACAUAGGCCUCAAAUUUCUGUGGACCACCAACCUCAUCCAAUUCCUCAACACCUACGUGGGCCAUGGGCUGCUACAUCUACCCCUGCUGGAAUCAACUAUGGUCCACCGGAGACCAUAAUGUCCCCAUUCAAUCCCAGUCCUGUUGGUGCACAUACCACUUCUGCCAUUUAUCUGCAUUCCUCUCAGUAUCCGGUUCCACGCCCUGGAGUGCCGUUUGUCCAUCCUCAUGAGCAUGCCCACCAACCUUUUGCACAGCCUCAUCAACAGCAACCUGAAGCGAGUUAUGGAUUAGCCCGGCCCCGUUGAGGGGCCUGGGCGAUGCCUGUGCUCUGCCAGAGAAAUACUAAGAUUAUGAAGCGAGAAAAUUACUCUGACAUGUUUUCUGUAAACUGGCAGCAGUGCAGGCAUAAGAACCUGAGGUUGACUGGAGCAUACACUCGAACCUUUCAAGCUUCUUUUGAUUGUGCUUCAUCACUCUCGGUUUCUUUUGAUGCUUCUUACAUCUUUGAUGGAGAAGCCCACCUUUGGCAGUUUUCACUGCUCGACACUGUUCUUAUGGAGCCCUGUUUUGUGAUGAUGAUGAAGAUUGGAAGAGAAAAAGGGAAAAAAUGCCAAGAGCUGGGAUGUAAAUUAUUGGCUAGGACUAAGAACGCUAGGCAGCUAAUGGGAGCUUGCAUUAAUGGGUGAUUUGAGCAAGGAAGAUGGCUCUUUUACAUUUUUGGCUAGUGGAAGUGGUGCAUAUCCGUGCCAGAGUGAGACAAUUCUAGAUAUAGGUCCUUUUGCGAACAUCAUACUAGAAAGCAACAGAAAGAACCUCAUGGUGUACCAUAUUCAUUUAUCCGUAAAGAAUUUAUUUUCAAUUACUCGUUCGGUUUAUUAACUACUACACCUAUGGAUGUGCUCCGCGGCCCUUUAGAAAAGUUUAGUGCCAAAUGCA